AUGAUGUGCCGAUAGCAUCAACAACGACGUAUGAACGGGACACGAUCACUACCGAAAUCAGCAAAGAUACAGUCGCGAUGGUAUCCAGCAGUGAGUCAUCGAUAAACCUGAGUACCACAUCAGAAACUCUCCCAAUAACAUCUAGCGAAAGUAGUGGGACGUUCCACAUGGGUACCAACUUAUAUCAUGACACAGAGAAAUCUAGCGAAACUAGUGAGACAUCUGGUACUAUUACCACAACUGAACCUGUAACUCGGACAUCUAGUCCAACAAAUGGGACGUCUGCCAUGAGUACGACAACAAAUCCUGGCAAACAGACGAAUAACAUCAUGAGUGGGACAUCUGAAUCAAGCACCACAACUGAACAAGCAACAAAGACACCAAGCACCACAAGUAAGACGUCUGACGUAAGCGCCACCGCAGAUCCUGGAACACAGACGACUAGCGACAUAAGUGGGAAAUCUGAUACAGGUACGACCACAGUACCUGCAACACAGACGUCUAGCACCACAAGUACGACCACAGUACCUGCAACACAGACAUCUAGCACCACAAGUAAGACGUCUGACGUGAGCGUCACCGCAGAUCCUGGAACACAGACGACUAGCGACAUAAUUGGGACAUCUGACACAGGUACGACCACAGUACCUGCAACACAGACAUCUAGCACCACAAGUAAGACGUCUGACGUGAGUGUCACCUCAGUACCUACAACACAGACAUCUGCAUCCACAAGUAAGACGUCUGACGUGAGCGUCACCACAGAUCCUGGAACACAGACGACUAGCGACAUAAGUGGGACAUCUCACACAGGUACGACCACAGUAUCUGCAACACAGACAUCUAGCACCACAAGUAAGACGUCUGACGUGAGUAUCACCACAGAACCUGUAACACAAAAAUCUGUGCCCACUGAUUGGACGACCCCUUUGAGUACCACUGCACAGGCUGUCACACAGAAAUCUAUCGCCACUAGUCAGACGCCCCUCAUGACCACCACCGCCCAGGCUGUCACACAGAAAUCUAUCGCCACUAGUCAGACGCCCCUCAUGACCACCACCGCCCAGGCUACGCCCCUCAUGACCACCACCGCCCAGGCUGUCACACAGAAAUCUAUUGCCACUAGUCAGACGCCCCCCAUGACCACCACUGCGCAGGCUGUCACGCAGAAAUCUAUCGCCACUAGUCAGACGCCCCUCAUGACCACCACCGCCCAGGCUGUCACACAGAAAUCUAUCGCCACUAGUCAGACGCCCCUCAUGACCACCACUGCGCAGGCUGUCACACAGAAAUCUAUCGCCACUAGUCAGACGACCCCCAUGACCACUACUGCAAAAUCUGUACCGCAGACUUCUGGCAGGACUAGUCAGACGUCAAAUACAGGGACCACACCUGAAUCCGUCACAUUGGUACAUCGCAGCUCCACUGGGUCCUUUGACAUUGUGAACACACCUAGGGAAAAUGCCAGACAGUCAUCCAGCAGCGCCUGGCAGACAUUUCCUGGAUCAAGGACAACUCAAGGGGCAGCUACUGAGACUCACCCGACCACUGCUGGUAUGUCUGACUCAACCGGUGGGACAACUGGUUCUACUCGUGGGACGUCUGAAAAUUCCAUUGGACAAACGGCGUCUUCUGCUGGGACAUCCAAUAUUGGUGGCGUUUUGCUGACAUCAAGCACUCCUAAAACAUCCGGCACAAAUCUCUAUCCUCAGACAUCCGGCUCCGCUAAUGUCCAACAAGUAAAGCAGUCGAAUCCUGUUGCAGGAUUUAAUGAUGCAUUUCGCAGUGCAACCAACAACGAGCACGAGCACAACCAGACCUCCAGACGUCAACGUGGAAUCGGCGCCGGAAACCAACCUCCUCCUGAAGGUCACCCUACCUUCUCUCUUCGGUAUGCGACGAAUCCC